UUUUUUCGACCCAAAUAUAUAACGUUUCUCUAAACCCUAACUUCCCCUUUUUCGUCUCCCUCCCUUUAUAUAUCUAUCCAUCGCUUUUAUAAUUAUUUAUUAUUUAUUAUUUCACUCCUGGGUUUGAAUACAUGUCCGUCAAUCAAUCAAGAGGUGAUAAAAACGAGUAUCCAUCGCAAUACAAAAAAUCAAAUCGAUCUGCCAACUCAUCGUCGCAAAGGAAUUUUUCCGGCAAUAAAGGCGGCGCCGCCGCCGGUUCCAACACCUCCUCAUCUAAUAAAAGUUUUAAGAAGGUAAAUAGUCAUGCACAAGGAGUACAAACUCGGGUGAAUAGUCCGAAUACGAAUGCGGAAUCGGUGAAUACGUCUGCUACUGGAGGUGCUAAAGUGCUUAAUGGCGUGCAUUCGCAACAGCCUGCACGUGGUCCGUCUGGUGCUCCUGCUACUGGUGCUAAUAUAAAGCCGUCCCAUGUAUCAAAUGAGAAGAUCACCCCGGGCCUACCGAGGGCCCCGCAGGGUAAUGCUGGCGUUCCGGCUGCUGAGGCUACUGGUCUUUCGACUCCAACAAAGGAUCAAGUAGAUGCUUCUAAGGGUUUUUCUCUUCAAUUUGGGUCAAUUAGUCCCAGUUUGAUGAAUGGAAUGCAGGUACCUGCACGAACCAGUUCUGCACCACCAAAUUUUGAUGAGCACAAACAGGCCCAGGCUCUUCAUGAACCCUUAAAAUCUGUUAAAGCUCCACCUCCAGCUGUCCCGAAACAAGAGUUACCUAGGAAAGAUGCUGGGUCGGUUGAUCAACCUAAGGCCAAUGAGGUCCAUCUUAUCCCUAAACCAAAAAAAGACGUUCAAACCAUGCCUUCACUUGCAACUCUACCUCAAAAGCUCUCUGGUCCUCCAAUUCCUGGGGUUCCCAUGCAAGCACAGAUACCAUUCCAUCAUCCUCAACUUCAUGUUCAGUAUGGUGGUCUUAAUCCACAAAUGCAAUCCCAAGGAAUGACUAAUAUACCCCUCCCAAUACCUUUACCGAUGGGAAGUCCUCCUCAAGUGCAGCAGCCGGUAUUUGUUGCUGGCAUCCAGCAUCAUCCAAUGCAGCAGCCUCAGGGGAUCAUUCAUCAAGGUCCGAGUUUGAACUUUCCAGCUCAAAUAGGACCGCCUCAGAUGCCACCUCAGCUAGGAAGUAUGGGAAUUGGUUUAGGACAACAUUAUCCUCAGCAGCAGACUGGAAAACCCACUGCGCAUAGGAAAACUGUGAAGAUUACUCACCCUGACACUCAUGAGGAGUUGAGACUUGAUGGUGGGUCCAAAGGGCCAGGCCUUAGGUCAACUCAUUCUCAUGGGAUGUCUCAGUCACAGGCAAUAUCAUCUUUUCCAUCUAGUCAUCCAAUGAACUACUAUCCAAAUCCAGUUUUUUUUCAACCACCUUCUAAUCCUUUGGCCAGUACGCAAACAACUCAUGUUUCUCAGCCACCGAGGCUUUAUAGUCAGGUGACAGUAAAACCUGCUGCUAAUGCGCCUGAAAAGGUUAUUGAUUCUGCAUCUAUUAUUGACAAAGAUAAGCUCCACAAAACUCCCAUAGAUCAUAAAACCAGCACUGGAUUGUCUACUAUAGCAAGUAAACCAUCCAAUGUAACACAAUCUGAAAAUUCAUCCGUUUCUGCUUCUUCUAAUGUUGAGGAUGAAGUUGCAAAAGGGCCAAUUGUGAGCAGGUCUGGUUCUUUUAAAGAGAAAAAGGCUCAAUCAACUCCUCUGGAUCAGGAGGUUGGACAUUUGGAAGUUUUAAUGACCUCAAAUCCUGUAAUGGCAACCGAAGAGGAGGCUUCAGAAGCCAGCAAGAAAGUAGCUGCUGUAGAUUUUACUGUUUCAAAAGGUAAAGAAGGCCUCAAGUGUACUGAAACAAGUGACGUUCAAGAGCCAAUUGCUGAAGCUGUGGGGUCAGAUGAUCGGAAAGAAGAUGUGAGGAACAACGAGCCUGAGCAACACAGGAUUGUGACAUCUACAAGUGAUCAAAGUAUGAGUGAACAUAAAUUACUGACAUCAGCAGAUCUUAAUGUUCUUAAUGCUGAAACAUCUUCACUUAAUUUGGGCCCCUCUCCAAGUGAUAAUAUCCCAGUUUCAGAAUCUGAUUCGAGGGCAGUAUCAGUUUGUGUUCCUGAAGGAGUGGAGACAGUUGACACUGCCAGCUUGGAGUCUUCUACAUCAUUGGUUUCCAUGGUGGAUAUCAGCAAGGGAAAGGGUAAUAUAGGUAAACCCAAGAAAAAGAAAAAAGAUAUAUUGAAACUUGCAGAUGCUCAGGGGACAAAUUCUGAUCUUUAUAAUGCUUAUAAAGGCCCAGAAGAAAAGAAAGGAACCCCAUCUCCUGAAACACCAGAUACUUCCUCGGGGAUAACAGCAAAGCAGGUAGAGAAAGAUGUUCCAUGCGGCAGUAACAAAUUUGAGCCAGAUGAUUGGGAAGAUGCCGCUGAUAUUUCUACUCCCAAACUUGACACCCCGGGGAAUUCAGUGGAAAAUGAUGGAUUGGCCAAAAGGUAUACCAGAGACUUUUUACUAAAAUUCUGCGAACAGUGUAAAGAACUUCCAAACGGGUUUGAACUGAUACCAGAGAUAUCCGAAGCAGUGGUAUCUGUAAAUGCUUCCCGGGAAUCAUAUCCUAGCCCGGGUAGAGUUGUCGACAGAUCAGCAGCCCGAUUAGAUCGCCGGUCAAGUAAUGUCAGUCAGGAUGACAGAUGGAAUAGGGGUCCCAUUGGUGUUCCUGGAUGGGACAUACGGAUUGAUAAUAGCUACCCUGGAAAUGUACCUGGUAUUAGACCGGUCCAUGGUGUGUCAAGGCACCCACGUGCAUUGACACCGAUUCAGUAUACAAAUGGCAUCUUAUCUGGCCCAAUGCAGUCUCCUGGCCCAUAUAUGCAACGCAAUAAUUCUGAUUCUGACAAGUGGCAACGUGCGAGUAGGGGUUUACCUUCUCCACAUACUCCAAUGCAAGAUAUGCAUAAGGCAGAAAAAAAAUAUGAAGUGGGUAAAGUAACAGAUGCAGAACAAGCCAAGCAAAGACAGUUAAAGAGUAUCCUAAAUAAGCUAACUCCGCAAAACUUUGAAAAACUGUUUGACCAAGUCAAACAAGUGAAUAUCGACAAUGCAGGAACUCUUUCAGGUGUAAUUAAUCAAAUCUUUGAUAAAGCUUUGAUGGAACCCACAUUCUGUGAAAUGUAUGCCAAUUUUUGCUCUCGGCUGGCUGUAGAUCUGCCAGAUUUCAGUGAAGAUAAUCAAAAGAUCACGUUUAAGAGACUAUUAUUGAAUAAAUGUCAAGAAGAGUUUGAGAGAGGAGAACGGGAAGAACAAGAAGCCAAUAGAACUGAGGAGGAAGGUGAAGUUAUGCAAACUGAAGAGCAACGGGAAGAGAAAAGAAUCAAGGCUCGGAGACGCAUGUUGGGUAACAUUAGAUUAAUCGGCGAGUUGUAUAAAAAGAAAAUGUUGACAGAAAGAAUUAUGCAUGAAUGCAUAAAGAAACUGUUGGGCCAGAAUCAAAACCCAGACGAGGAAAACAUAGAGUCGUUGUGUAAAUUGAUGACCACAAUUGGGGCAAUGAUUGAUCAUCCUAAAGCUAAGGAACACAUCGAUGCGUAUUUUGGCACGAUGUUAAGAUUAUCAGAUAACAUGAUACUUUCUUCAAGGCUGCGUUUUAUGUUGAAAGACGUUAUUGAUAUGCGGAAGAAUAAAUGGCAGCAAAGAAUGAAAGUGGAAGGACCCAAAAAGAUUGAAGAUGUACACCGCGACAUUAUUCAAGAACGGCAUGAACAAACAACCAGACUCACUCGUGGACCGAGUUUCAACUCUUCACUUAGGAGGGGGCCAAGUCAGCCCACGGACUUUGGACAAAGAGGGUCAAACUCGAAUCUUUUACCUUCGCCGAAUUCUCAAAUGGGUGGAUUUCGUGGACCGCCCCAACAGCUUCGUGGCUACGGAAAUCAAGAUUCUCGAUUUGAUGAGAGACAGGCGUCUGAAAAUAGGAUGCUGUUAAGAUCCUUUGGUGAUAAUGACUCUAUUACCCUUGGCCCACAAGGUGGGCUUGCGAGGGGGAUGUCUGUUAGAGGUCAACCUUCCAUUCAAAGUAUAAUAUCUGAGCCUGCAGCCUCUAGGAGAGUUGCACCUGGUCCAAAUGGUUUUGGUCCACGAGAAGACCUUGGUUCGAGAUAUAUCUCGGAGCGGUUAACUCCUCAACCCGCUUAUGGCCCGUCAUAUGUUAAUCGAGACAUAUCAAACCCCGAGCAAGGGUUUGACCAUGGUGCAUCCUCUUCACUAGUGGCAAAUCCUUCGCAAAACGUCUCUUCAGAUAAAGUCUGGCCUGAAGAGCGUUUACGCGAUAUGUCGAUGCAGGCAAUUAAAGAAUUUUAUAGUGCAAGAGACGAGAAAGAAGUUGCUUUAUGCAUCAAGGAUUUGAAUGCACCCAGUUAUUAUCCGUCAAUGAUAUCCAUUUGGGUUAGUGAUUCCUUUGAGAGGAAAGACGUGGAUAGAGAUUCACUUACUAAGCUCCUUGUCAAUCUUGCAAAAGCUCCAGAUGGAAUGCUAAAUCAAGGCUCAUAUAUUCAAGGGUUUAAAGCUGUUCUUGCUACUUUGGAGGAUUCUGUCAACGAUGCUCCAAGAGCAGCAGAAUAUUUUGGCCGAAUAUUGGGGAAACUGCUUAUAGAAGAUGUGAUUUCGUAUAAAGAAGCGUGGGGGUUGAUAUAUGAAGGCGGGGAGGAGCAAGGAAGGCUAGUCGAAAUAGGACUUGCUGCAGAAGUACUCGGGGUCAUUUUGGAGAUAAUUAAAUCUGAAAAAGGCGACCCGUUUUUGAAUGAAGUUCGUGCAGUAUCUAAUCCUAAGUUGGAGGAAUUUCGGCCUCCAAAUAUUAAAAAACCGUUGAGAUUAGACAAGUUCAUUUAGAUAAGAUAGUGAUGCUCAUUAUUGAAUCUAGUUAGAAAAUGAAAUUAGUGUCUAGCUUAAAUAGGCUAAUGUGAGUGGUCAGAUAGUAAGCAAUAUAUAUGAUUUUGGGGUUUUUUUUCAAUUUUCUUUAUUCUUAAAUUUGUUAUUAACUUGAAAAGAGAUUAUAUUCCAAUUGCAAAAAAGAGAAGGUUCAGUGAGCA